UAUAAACAAAUUUUUGCCAUGGCAGAAAAAUCCAAAGGUCCCCUCUUCCCCAUCGAACCAGGUAAAAAGAAACCCGACUAUGGCACAAAUGACACCCUUACCUUGCUCGAACAAAUUCCCAGCCAAAUGGUCGAAAUGAAGCUGGACGAUGUUCUAACUGCCGUCAAAGAAGUUGACAAUUUAUGUGACUAUCAGCGUUGCAAAACUAAAACCAAUCUAAUGGGACAGAAUUGUGAUCAUUGCAAGAAAAGAUUCUGCUUCAAACAUGGUCUACCCGAAGUGCAUGGUUGUGGGGAAGCAGUAAAGCAGGAAGAACGAAAGAAUUUCCUAAAACCAAAGCCAUUGAAAACUGUUCGACAGGAACAGGAUUUGGCUAAAGCUAAAGUCAAGUUGAAUGCAAAGCUGAAGGAUAUGCAAGUUGGUCGAAUGCCCAAACCAAGUAGUGGUGGGAGUGGUGGAGCUGCAGCCAGUUCUGGAGGUGGGAAAAAGAAAAAAGCUAAAUAAUUCAUAGUUCUUCUAUCUCCCAAUAGAUGGUGCAAAAAUUCAAAACAAAAAAUUAUAAACUAUUGUGAAUGAAGCUGAAAUGUCAUUCUCCUCAGCUGUCAUCGCAGUUCUAAACUUCAAAAAAAUAAAUUUAGAAAAGUGAAAGUCACAAAGAAAAAUACAAAAAUAAACUUUUUCCAUUCGA